CGUAUAUAUAUUGCAUGAUAUACAAUGUAUAGGUUUUUUUUAAAUAAGCUGCUCUUCAUGGCCGCGUUUGAAUUAAUCGGAGCAAAAAAAUUAAAGUUUCUUUACCCUCAUUGAUCAAUUAAAUGUUUUCUACUUAGGCGAAUGGAUUUUUAAAUGCGUCACAGCUGUUCUAGAAUAAAGGGACUGCAUUUAUAAUGCACAGUAUGUAAAGAAAGUACACAAUCGGCUGUGAGUAAUUGUUGUAAUUGUUCUCGUAUUGUGAACUGUACAAGAUGAUUUUUCUCUCCACUACUUGCCAUAUGACUACAUGAGAGAAAAUAUCAAAAUUAGUAAACGAGCGAAGAAUAGAUAACAUUUCUAUUCCACGCUUUUGAACAAAAAUAUGGAUUGAGCAAAGAAUAUUUCAUGCAUAAGGAGAACAAUAUUUUUACAAUCUGGAUAAUCGACAAUAAUAAGAGAAACAAACUUGCAAGCUAGAUUUUUUACAAGAUUAAAGAAUUUUUUUGCACUUAAAAUGCUCAUAUAUGUUAUAUUGAUAUUCUUGGCAUCUUUGCCGAUCCUUUGUUAUCUGAGGAAUUUGUAUCAGAAAAGAUUAAAAUCCGAUGAGAAAAAUGUUUGCGUACUUGUGCUCGGUGACAUUGGCAGAAGCCCGCGAAUGCAAUAUCACGCGAUCUCCUUCGCCAAGGAAGGUUUCAUCGUGGAUGUCAUAGGUUACCCCGGUUCAUCGCCAAUGAGGGAAAUCAGCGAGAAUACUCGUAUACGAAUUUAUUAUUUGCGACCACCCCCUGAAAUGCAAAAUGCAUUGCCACGUCUUCUGUAUUAUGUAAUAAAAGUGGUGUGGCAGGCUGUCGAUAUUUCACAAUUGUUAUUUAGAAAACGUAUAUCGGGUUCCUUGAUAAUACAGAAUCCACCUGCGAUACCAACAAUACCAAUAUGUUGGCUUUAUUGCAUUGUAAUGAAUACACAAUUUAUAAUAGACUGGCACAAUUAUGCGCAUUCCCUUAUGGCAUUAAGCCUAGGAAAUGAACAUAUUCUGGUUAAUCUGGCAAAACAUAUUGAGGAAAUAUUUGGCCGCAGAGCAAAGAAUAAUUUUUGUGUCACCAAAGCUAUGAAGGAAGAUUUAGAAAAAACUUGGGGUAUCCAGGCUAAAGUUCUAUAUGAUAGGCCAGCAGAUGAAUUCCGUCCUAUAACUUUAACAGAGAAGAAUGAAUUUCUACAAAAAUUAGCUGAAAAGUAUAAUGUAUCUGAAUCUUAUUCAGUCAUUUCUAAAAAAUCUGGCUUUAUUAUAUCUAGUACUAGUUGGACUGAGGACGAAGAUUUCUCAAUCCUUAUAAAUGCAUUACAAGAAUAUGAAAAUACGUGUGAAAAUGGUGAGUUGAACUUGCCAGAUUUACUCUGUAUAAUAACUGGAAAAGGACCAUUGAAAGAUUUUUAUAUGGCUAUUGUUAAUUUGAAAAAUUGGAAACAUGUCAAAAUAAAAACAUUAUGGCUUGAAAAUGAGGAUUAUCCAAAGAUAUUGGCUAGUGCAGACUUGGGAAUAUGCCUCCAUACUUCAUCAAGCGGACUGGAUUUACCUAUGAAAGUUGUUGAUAUGUUUGGUUGUCGUUUGCCAGUUUGCGCGUAUAAUUUUGAUUGUUUAUCAGAGUUGGUAAGACACAACGAGAACAGUUUGGUAUUUGCAAACGAGUACGAACUGGCCCAGCAAUUGAAAAUGUGGUUUCAAGAUUUCCCUAAUAAUGAGAAGCAACAACAGUUGUGUGAAAAGUUUCAAAAGAAUAUGUUUACGUCGCAGCUCUACCCUACUGAUUGGCACGUCUUGAAGACUGGAGGGGAGUUGAAUGAUCGGCCAAUUAUUGGUAUUCUGACGCAGGAAAUAGAUUAUAAUUUAAACAAAGAGUAUCCGGAUCAAUAUCACAGUUACAUUGCAGCAUCGUAUGUAAAAUUCGUUGAAGGUGCUGGUGCUCGGCCCAUCCCAAUUUGGAUUGGCAGGAAUGACUCGUAUUACGAAGAUAUCUUAAAUAAAAUCAACGGAGUUUUAUGGCCAGGAGGUGCAACAUAUUUUUUUCAGAAAGAAGGAUAUGCCGAUGCAGGUGCCGCGAUUUACAGGAUCGCAAAGAAAAUCAAUGACAGAGGUGAAUACUUCCCCAUCCUUGGUAUCUGUCUUGGUUUCGAGCUAUUAACAUACGUCGCAGCGAAUUGCGUCGAACAUAGGACAGCAUGUUCCAGUCAAAAUCAGCCUCUUCCACUAGAGUUCACGCAUGACUUUAGAGAAGCCAAUUUAUUUAAGCAGGUCCCACCAGAUAUUCUGAAGAUUUUAGAUGAAGAAAAUGUCACGGCAAAUUUUCAUCAGUAUUGCGUUACGAAGGAGGAUUUAAGCCGCGUUCAAUUAAUCGAUGAGUUUCGUGUAUUGUCCUUGAAUCAUGAUAAAAAAGGUUUAGAAUUCAUUUCAACAUUGGAACAUAAACGCUACCCAUUCUACGGAGUACAAUUUCAUCCGGAAAAGAAUCUCUACGAAUGGGUGACUGGAAAAAAUAUUCCUCACGGACGUAACGCCACUUUAGCUGCUCAAUAUUUCGCCAAUUUUUUCGUCAACGAAGCUCGCAAAAAUUUGCACGAGUUUGCGACAGAACAAGAAGCGAAGGAAAGUCUAAUCUAUAACUAUCCUGUUACUUACACAGCCCUGCAAAAUUCUACUUUUCAACAGUGUUAUAUGUUUAAAAUAAGUGAUCGUGACGAUCUUAUUAUAGACAACAAUGUGUAAAACUUGGAACAAGUUUUAUUUUGAAGAUAGAAAAAACAUACGUCGCUCUUUAUCCAUGUACAAAUAUAAUUUUGUAAACACAUUUGUUAAAUUCUCAUCUACAUUGAAAAUUGAAAGAUUUGUUGAUUAUUUGUUAAUUUUGACAAAUACGAUUAUGAUUUGUGUAUGUGUGUAGUAAUAUGACGGCACUGGGGAGCACACAAACAAAAGAAGAUUGGUACGCGCAAUUUCCACAUUUAACAUAACACCAGUGUAUAUUGUGUCACAACUGGGAUACAUAAUAUUACAAUGGUGCAUAAUAAAAUUCUAUACAUAUUUUCGUUCUAUCUAAAGUAAAUAAUCA